CUGGACGUCGGUCCCCUAGCAGCGGCACGGGUCCCCUCCUCUGCCCGGCGCCAUGGAUAUUUACCCCCCGCACCGGCUGGAGACGCCUCGCAAGCGGCCCCCGGGCGGCUCCCACCGCGGCUCGCCUUUCGUCAGCUGCAGCCGACUCCGCUGGGUCCAGAGCAUCCUGACCCAAAGCAGCAAGUCUCAGCCGGAUGGGAUCCUCUGUAUCUUAGGAAUCGAUAGCAGGUACAAUGAAGGCUGCAGAGAGCUGGCAAAUUACCUCCUGUUUGGUUUGUACAAUCAGAAUGGCAGUGAUUUUGAGAAGACCGGGUUUUCAGAAGAAGUUCUAGAUGGUCACCUGCAGAUAUUUGAUAUGUUUGUAGUGGAGAAAUGGCCGAUUGUGCAGGCCUUUGCACUUGAGGGCAUUGGAGGGGAUGGCUUUUUUACCAUGAAAUAUGAGUUGCAGGAUGUGAGUUUGAACUUAUGGAAUGUCUACAGCAAGAUGGAUCCUCUGUCUCUGGAGAAUUUGCUUUCAGAAGAUUUGGUGACUUUUGAACACCAGUGGACUACCUUCUUUGCUAAUUUCGACACUGAAAUUCCUUUCCUCCUGGAACUUUCUGAAUCUCAAGCGGGUGAACCGUUCAGAAGUUACUUCAGUCAUGGAAUGAUCUCCAGCCAUAUAACUGAAAACAGCCCUAAUAGACAGCCAUUUGUUCUCUUUGGUAAUCACUCCACACGAGAAAACCUGAAUGCUGGCAACUUUAACUUCCCUUCCGAAGGACACCUGAUCCGCAGCACUGGCCCUGGUGGGAGCUUUGCCAAACACAUGGUGGCACAGUGUGUCUCACCAAAGGGACCCCUUGCUUGCUCGAGGACAUACUUUUUUGGAGCUACUCACGUUCCGUACUUGGGUGAUGACAACAAGCUACCCAAGAAAACUGAGCCAAUUAGGCUCUUAUCCCAGAUCUAUGCUGCUGUUGUUGAGGCUGUGCUGGCUGGCAUUGCAUGCUAUGCUCAAACUUCCAGUCUAACAAAGGCCAAGGAGGUAGCAGAGCAAACCCUGGGAUCUGAAUUAGAUUCCUAUGAGUUGAUGCAAUUUAAGACAGCUCUACGCUCCAAGAUGGCUUUUCAUAUACAUGCUGUGAAUAAUCAGGGAAGAAUUGUUCGUCUAGACAGUGAAGAUAGCUUAUACUUUGUGAAGACGGCCUGUAUGGCUGUCUACGAUAUUCCUGACUUGCUGGGAAGAAGAGGGUGCUUAGGAUCUGUGGUCUUCUCAGAAUCAUUUUUGACAUCUCAGAUCUUAGUUAAAGAAAGGGAUGGCACUGUUACCACAGAAACCAGCUCCAUUAUCCUGACGGAGGCCAUCCCCAGAUUCUGCUCCUGGAUGGUAGAAGAUAAUGAAAUAAAGUUGUCAGAGAAAACCCAGCAAGCACUGAAGGAAGAUGAGUGUUUCCUGGGCACUUUCCUAACAGGAGGAGAAGGAGCCUAUCUUUACUCCAGCGACCUGCAGUCCUGGCCUGAGGAAGGGAAAGUGCAUUUCUUCUCCAGUGGCCUUCUGUUUUUUCACCGUCAUCAUGGAAGUAUCAUCAUUUCCAAGAAUCACAUGAAUUCCAUUUCCUUCUAUGAUGGGGAUUCCACCAGUGUUGUGGCUGCCCUUCUGAUAAACUUCAAAAGCUCCUUGCUGCCUCAUCUUCCAGUUCAUUUCCAUGGAUCAAGCAAUUUUCUGAUGAUUGCCCUUUUCCCCAGAUCAAAGAUAUACCAAACAUUUUAUUCAGAGGUCUUCUCCCCCUGGCAACGGCAGGCGAACUCAGGGCUCUCUUUAAAAGUGAUCCAGGAAGAUGGAUUAUCUGUGGAACAAAGGAGAUUGCAUGCCAGCGCACAGAAGCUGUUCAACGCCCUGAGCCAUCCUGCGCGGGAGAACUGGAGUCCUCUGAAGCUACUCUCAGCCAGACUCCCAGAGCUGGACUGGUUUCUCCAGCAUUUUGCCAUCAGCAGCGUUAGUCGGGAACCUGUGAUGAGGACCCAUCUUCCUGUCUUGCUGCAGCAGUCUGAAAUCAAGCCUCCUCUCAGAGUGGAAAAUGACAAGGUCGUUGUCAGCAUUGUCACCGGCCUCCCAGGCUGUCAUGCUAGCGAGCUCUCUGCUUUUCUGGUCACGCUGCAUAAGGAAUAUGGCAGGUGGAUGGUGUACCGCCAACUCAUGGACAGCUCCGAAUGUUUCCAUGCUGCCCACUUCCAGAGAUACCUUUCCAGCGCCUUGGAGGCCCAGCAGAACCGCUCUGCCCGCCAGUCAGCCUACACCCGCAAGAAGACCAGACUACUGGUGGUGCUACAAGGCUAUACAGAUGUUAUUGAUGUUGUCCAGGCCCUGCAGACCCAUCCAGACUCAAAUGUCAAGUCCUCCUUCGCCAUUGGUGCCAUCACGGUGUGUGUGGAGCCUCUGAGCUGCUACAUGGAGCACAGAUUUCUUUUUCCUAAAUGCCUUGACCAGUGUUCGCAAGGCUUGGUGAAUAACGUGGUGUUUACCAGUCACACUGUGGAACAGAGGCACCCCCUCCUUGUUCAGCUGCAGAGCCUCAUCAGGGCAGCGAAUCCUACCGCAGCCUUCAUUCUCGCCGAGAAUGGGAUCGUCACCAGGAAUGAAGACAUUGAACUGAUCCUCUCAGAAAAUAGUUUUUCAAGUCCUCAGAUGCUACGCGCUCGAUAUUUAAUGUACCCUGGCUGGUAUGAAGGUAAAUUUGAUUCUGGGUCAGUCUUUCCACUAAUGGUUCAGAUCUGCGUGUGGUUUGCUCGGCCCUUGGAGAAGACUCGCUUUGUGGCCAAAUGCAAAGCAAUUCAGUCCUCCAUCAAGCCAAGUCCCUUCUCUGGAAACAUCUACCACAUCCUGGGCAAAGUGAAGUUUUCAGACUCCGAGAGGACCAUGGAGGUCUGCCACAACACGCUGACCAACUCCUUAAGCAUUGUGCCAGUGUUGGAGGGGCCCACCCCACCACCUGACUCCAGAAGCACGCCUCACGACGGCAGCGGGCAGCAGGAGUGCUACCUCGUGUUCAUAGGCUGCUCCCUGAAGGAAGAAAGUGUCAAGGACUGGUUGCGGCAGUCAGCUAAGCAGAAGCCUCAGAGGAAAGCCCUGAAGACCAGAGGGAUGCUGACCCAGCAGGAGAUCCGGACCAUCCACGUGAAACGCCACCUGGACCCCCUACCUGCAGGCUACUUUUAUAAUGGAACUCAGUUUGUCAACUUCUUCGGUGACAAGACUGAUUUUCACCCCCUCAUGGACCAGUUCAUGAAUGACUACGUGGAAGAAGCCAACCGGGAGAUUGAGAAGUAUAACCGCGAGCUGGAGCAGCAGGAGUAUCAUGACCUCUUUGAGAAGAAGCCCUAGAGGAGAGCUGGCCCCAGGCCCCUGCAAACUGUCCGUCCUGGACAAGGAUGGGCCGGCGAGGCUCCCCCUCCGCUCUCCGGGCCCUCCCUGCAGGAGCUGCCUUUGUUCCCUGGGCUAUGUGUGCUGGCUGGAGUGUGUGUGGUCUUCAUUCUGCGUGCAGCGCUUAAGAGCAUCAGCGGUGGGGGGAGGGGUGUCCACAUGGAGGGUGAACAAACGAGUUGUGUGGAGCUGGUAGUCCACUGUC